CAACAGACGCGCUAAAAACAAACAACAGUUCAGAAAUCAUCCUAAAAUCAUUAUGAGAGUGAUUAAUUAACGCAGAGAGAUGAGAUGGCUUCAAAAUCAGAGCAGCUGCUGAUUGUCGUUUCUGUUCUCGAAGGCCGUCAGUUUCCCAGGAGUCCGCGGCACACGCUGGUAGUCGAGGCUUGCUUUGACGGAGAGACGUUGGCCACAGACCCCGUCGAACACAAAGAGCAGCCGCAGUUCUGCACUGAGCUGGCCUGGGAGCUCGACCGCAAGACGCUGCAUCAGCACCGACUCCAGAGAACACCCAUCAAAUUACAGUGUUACGCCGUCGACUCCGGCGCGUCUGCGAGAGAGUGUGUGGGAUACAUCGUCCUCGAUCUGAGAUCAGUGCAAGAGAUCAAACAG